GCAAUUACCAAGGUGCAAACAAAUUGCCAAAUUUGCCACGUUGAAACAUGCCGAAACUGACAUGUGAAUGCAUUUGCAACAUUUUCUAGUUUACACAAUAAAAUGAACAUACAGCUCUUUGUUAUACACCUUACUAUUACAUUCUUCUUUACCGAUGUCUUUACGAAAAAGCCCCCAGAAGCGACAGCAAUUGAUAGCGAAUCUGAGGAAGAUGAAAGGUCUGAGGACCUGGAGGAGCUGCACGACACCAGCAGGCAUGGGCUGAAACGCAACCGGGAGGCCCACCCGAAGAAACACAAGCGCAAAGGACGGGCUUUGGACGACAGGAAACAGUGCGCCAUAAUGUACAAGAAUGAAGAACCAGUGGGAAUUUUGCAGCGCUUUGAGAACAGCUACCAGCUGCUGCCAGUGAGGAGCGAGGACAAGAUUCCGGUAGAUAUCAGCCCUAUGGAUAAGACCAGCAGUGAAGAAGUGAAGCAAGACACGAAAAGACACACAGGAGACGAGAAUUUGAUGGAGUUUUCCGAUGAAAAAUACCCGACAAUCUUCGCAAAGUUCAAAGUCGAUAGCCGACUGGAGAAGGAGGGCAGCCUAAAAAGUCGAACUUUGGAAAAACGAGCUUCUAAACCCAGCAAUUUACUCAGCGAAAAACACUCAGACUACUUAAGAUCGGCCCUUUUAAGAUUGCAGUCCAACGACGAAUCGGCUGCAGGAGAUCUAAAGGGCAUUUUAAACGACAUGGGCCUAAUCGACGAUCCGCAAGCCGCUAAACGCGAAGUCGAAGAUGAAGAUCUGGAGCACGGAAGCAACAAAAUCACCCUGCUCAAGAUCGACCGCAAAAGCCCCCGAUCCAAGCGAGGAAAACCAAAGGAAAAGUCCGUAACAAAACACUACGCAAUGAUCGAGAUUCCCGAACCAAAAUCCAUCAACGAGGACGAAUAUAUUGACGAAUACCUGAGCAAACACCCCGAACAGGCCAAGCAGCUGGAUCAGGAGCAGCGGGAGAAGAGAUCUGAAGAUAUGGGCAAGCAAAUGGAGCAACAGAUCCAGGAGCGCCUGAACCGGAUAAAGGAGGAAGUGCGCAAUGAAAUAGAGCAAAUCAAAGCCAACGGCAACCCGAAUCUCGAAGAGGAGGAGGAAGAAGAAGCGAAUGAGGAGGAAGAUGGGAAGCCGCAGAGGAAAAAGCGAAACAUCAUCAGCAAUCUGAUGGAGGAGGAAACCAGCGACUUGGACCCGGUGCUGAUUGGAGACAGUAAUCCCUCUCCUCAUAUCAGAAUAAGGCGGGGCCUAGAUGGUUCAAUUCCUGCAGCAAAUACUUACCAGCAUCAACAACCUGUACCAACAGCCGACCCGCUAGUUGUGGCCACCACGCAUCCCUUCUCUCUUCGCCGCUUAAAAGAGUUUCCAGAACAAUACCGAGCAGAUGAAGAAGUUGCUGAUGUCGAAGACGAGCAAACCAUCAGAGAGAAAAAGGCUUGCAAAUGUGCAGGAAAAGACUGCAAAUGCGGCAAAGUCUCCGCUUCAGCUGAUGAAAGCCACCUGAUCUACGUCGAUGGAGCUCCGCUCCUGAUGCGCAAUCAAGAGCGAUUUGCCAGGAGCAGUGAAACCAAUCGGAAGAGUCAACUUUCCAAAGCUUUGACGGAUGGCGGGUACACUCUGGAUCUGGACCCGGAAGUCUACCGAAUUGCCGAAGUAGAUGGGCGGAAAAAGAGGAGCAAUUUCCUGGAUUUGGUGGCUGUCCAUGGAGGCGGCGCAGUUCUGGAUCAUCUGGUUUCCAUCCGGCAAAGAAGCAUGCGCGCUAAACGAACGGCUGGUGAUAAAGAGCCAUUAACACUCAUGGAUAUGUCUGGGGAGGAUUUGUUUGGGGCGUUGCCCCAAGGCUUUGAUGGCGAGCUGACGCGAUCUAAACGGGUGAAGCGAAGCUGAACUAGAUUGGGUUAAGUACAAAUGUGCAGGCACUAAACUGAUUGACAAAAGGGCGCCACUGUAUAUACACUGUUUGUAAUAGAAACGUAUUUUAUCA